GACUCCAAACCGGUGAACAGAGCACUUCCAUAAACCCCCCCUCCAUCGACCACCACUUCAAUGGCGGUAGCCGCCAUAACAACAGCCCUAUCCACCUUUCACAUCUCCAAAUCCUACUCUCUUACCCGAAACCACCUUACCUGUCGUCCAUCCUUCACCUACUCUCUCUCCUCUCGUUCCUCUGAAUUCAUCACCACCUCCGGAUUGUCAUUAACUGAUAAGAAACUCGUUGUUUCAUGGAUCGAAGACGCUUCUUCGGUUCGGCUAUUCCAUGUCAUGGCGGAUGCGUCCGCCGUGAGGUCGCCGACACAGAAGAAAGUGAGAUCGAACAAAGUAUUGACGUCGGAGCCGAGGUAUUCCAAAGCUGCUAGGAGGUUUUACAACGAGAAUUUCAGGGAAUCCUCGUCGCAGAGGCUCAGUAAGGUCCUCGCUGCUGCCGGAGUGGCAUCUAGAAGGAGCUGUGAGGAGCUAAUCUUUGAUGGUCGUGUGACUGUUAAUGGUUCUGUAUGCAAUACUCCCCAGACUAAAGUUGAUCCUAAGACAGAUAUGAUUUAUGUAAAUGGUAAUCGCCUGCCUAAGAAGCUGCCUCCAAAGGUCUAUCUUGCUCUGAACAAGCCAAAAGGGUACAUUUGUUCAUCAGGAGAGAACCAAAAUAAAUCGGUCAUAUCUCUGUUCAAUGAUUAUAUGAAGAGUUGGGAUAAAAGAAAUCCAGGGCAACCAAAACCCCGGUUAUUUACUGUCGGACGGCUAGAUGUCGCCACAACUGGGCUGAUUAUUGUGACAAACGAUGGGGAGUUUGCACAGAAAAUUUCUCAUCCUUCAUCUGGUUUAUCCAAGGAGUACAUUGCAACAAUAGAUGGAUCAGUCCAUAAACGACACUUGUUAGCAAUUAGCGAGGGAACAGUCAUCGAUGGUGUCCAUUGUACCCCAGAUGCUGUGGAACUUCUACCACAACAGCCUGAUAAAUCAAGAGCUCGUGUUCGCAUUGUGGUUCAUGAAGGGAGAAAUCAUGAAGUUCGAGAACUUGUGAAAAGUGCAGGACUUCAGAUAUAUUCACUAAAGAGGAUACGUAUUGGUGCAUUCAGGCUUCCACCAGAUCUUCUGUUUGGAAAACACAUUGAAUUAAAGGCAGCUCAAUUAAAGGCGUUGGGGUGGGACGACAAGUAAUUGGAACAAACAGCUGAAAAUGAAAUCAAGAGAAUUUUUUUGGGUUCUUUGUGGGUCCCAUUUGUUAUUUUAGAAUUUAGAUGAUGGUGGUAUUAGGAAAGGAAGAAGAUUUUAAAGGUGUAAAUCAUUAACUCAUAAGAAUGUUAUUUUUUUUUUUUUUACAUUUCAAAUCUACAACCAAUUCCAAUC